CCAACUGGAGUCCGUUUACGAGGGGAAGAAAAGCGCACAUCUCUCAGGCAGUGAAAUAAGAUUCCACUCCGCCUGAAACAAGGUGAGCCAGAGCAGACCAACUCUCUGACUAAUGGUACGGUAGUUUUCCACUGCAAAAUGUCCAGAGCUGACCCCAGCACACCGGUCCAAAUACGACGGUGACUCAUCAACACAGGAAGGUGAUUAUCAAUGAAGGAUGAGUGAUUUCCAUUACCAUAGGAAAGGAAAAGAGAAAAAAAAGGGGUGAGCGUCUGCAUCAGACUGACAUGCCAUGCAGCGAGGCAGGCACUAGGACCUGAGCGUGCGGAGGAGAACAGACACUGGAACUCCUCUGACUAAACUUUCAGAACAAUCAAUUUCCCAAAGAGUAUAGGAGUUGAGCUAGAGUGAAUGGCAGAAGACCUGGCUUUUAAACCUUGAAAAAAGGGAUCUGGGCUUGGCUUGUGGGAUAAUUCCGUGGACUGCGUGCAAGGUGGAAUAUACUGCAGUUUUCCCGGGGACUUUUACACUUGCCGAGGAGGGGGAAGAGAGGCAAAGGGUACGGCACAGAGCGAGGGAGGGGCAGUCCUGAUGGCAGCCGACUGGGGCGUGGCCCGUACCAGACGAGCGCUCUAGGAGCCCGGCAGGGGGCCACACUUCACCUGGAGACAUUCCACAGGACGUGUGCCCAUGAGUUCGUCGACGCUGGUCCUGCUCUUCCUGAUCAGCGUCCAGGCUGUACUGAACAUGGGAGAGGGGGCGGGGCAUGACGCGGCGGCUCGCGCCAAGGCGCCGGCGGGGCCCGCGGCGGCCGGCGAGCGACGGCAGGACGCGCGCUCUCACUCCAUCCCCACGGUGGACCCCAAACUCUUCAACAAGCGGCGCUACCGCUCGCCACGCGUGCUCUUCAGCGUGCUGCCGCCCGACGCGGACGAGGGCGCCGCCCGGGGCGGGGCGGGGCCGGGGGCGGGGGCGGGGGCCAGGGUGAGGCGGCGGGCGGGGCAGCCCCAGCACCGCGGCGAGUACUCGGUGUGCGACAGCAUCAGCAACUGGGUGGGCAACAAGACCAAGGCCACGGACAUUUCGGGCAACGAGGUGACGGUGCUGCCCGACGUCAACAUCAACAACGUGAUUAAGAAGCAGUUCUUCUUCGAGACCACGUGCCGCGGAAACACCCGCUCGGGCUCGGCCGCGGGCUGCCGGGGGAUCGACAGCCGCCACUGGAACUCAUACUGCACCAACACGCACACCUACGUGCGGGCGCUCACCUCCUUCAAGGACCUGGUGGCCUUCCGGCUCAUUCGCAUAAACGCCGCCUGUGUGUGUGUACUCAGUCGCAAGUCCUGGAGACACUGACCCCC